UAUCACAAUCGAGAUCGAGCUAGCAAAGCGUAAGCACGUCAUGACUGAGACUUCGACUACACCCGCUUCGGCGGCAGCGGCUGAGACACCGAAGAAGGGCAGCAAAGGAGCAGGCAAGAAGGGCCAGAAGGCUGGAGCGGCGAAGAAGGCACCAUCUCACCCUCCGACUUCUCAGAUGGUCGACGAGGCGAUCACCAAGUUGCACGAUCGAGGCGGUUCUUCCCUCCAGGCCAUCAAGAAGUACGUCGUCGCCAACUUUAAAGUGGACCCGUCCAAGGCGGUCUUCAUCAGGAAAUACCUGAAGAGCGCCGUUGCUUCUGGGCACCUUGUCCAGACCAAGGGCACCGGUGCCAACGGCUCGUUCAAGUUUCCCAGCAAGGACAAGCCGGUGAAGAAACCAGCGGUAAAGAAGGCCACCAAAAAAGCCGCUGCUCCCAAAAAGGAAGCCGCGGCGAAGAAGACAGCAACUACACCUAAGAAGAAGCCCGUUGCCAAGAAAGCCAAAGCCACCAAAGCAAAGUCUCCGGCUAAGCCCAAGCCGAAAAAGCUUAAAGCUAGCCCAACUAAGCCUAAGAAGUCCCCGGCCAAGAAACCCUCCAAGGCCGCCGGCAAGAAGAAGGCUUCACCAAAGAAGAAAUAGAUCUCUUGUGAUCUCUCUUCGAUAUUUCAACGGCCCUUUUAAG